UUCCCGGGGUUUUUCUUCUCCCGAACUUCACUAAUACAUAUGUAUUUACACUUUUUUAUUUUAGAAAAAAUAAUAGUUAGAAAAGCAAAAAAAAUUAAGAUUUUGUUUAUUUCUCAAGUUUAUUUCUCAAGUUUUGGCCUCGUUUACAAAUCAGUAAUUGGUGUGGUACAAAGUAGCAAGUCCAAACAAAUUUCCAAAUUCUCUACUUUUCUAUUUACUUUUUAUUAUUUAAAAUCGAAGUUUAAUUAA